AUGGCCCUCAGCCUCCCGGCCCGCACCCUGCGCCUCGUCGUGCUGGGACAGAGCGCCGUGGGCAAGACAGCGCUGACCGUACGAUUCAUCACCAGGAGAUUCAUUGGAGACUAUGACCCAACCCUAGAAAUGAUCUACAGGCACGUGGCUGUCAUCGAUGGGGAGAUGGUGCACUUUGAGAUCCUCGACACGGCCGGACAGGAGGAGGACUCGCUGCAGAUCGAGGAGAAGAUCAAGUGGGGCGAUGGCUUUGCCGUGGUGUACUCGGUGACCGACCGCUGCAGCUUUGACGAGGUGAUGCGGCUCUGCUUCCUCAUCAACCACCUGCACACCAGCCCCAAGCGCAGCGGCGCCGCCGAGCAGCCCCCCGUCGUCAUCGUGGGCAACAAGAAGGACCUGCAGUUCGACAGGAUGGUGUCCACCGAGGACGGGGAGAACCUCUCCAAAGCCCUCAAGAUUCCCUUCUACGAGAUCUCCACCCGGGACAGCUACGAGGAGCCGGUGGCGGUGUUCAGCAGCCUCUACCAGGAGCUGCUCAGGCAGGGGCACUUCUCCCCGGGCUCCUUCAAGAGGAGGACAGUGUCCAAGCUCAUGGAGAAGAUUCCCAAGAUGCAAGCCAGCUCCACCCUGAACUCCACGGGCCGGAGCCUCAGCUUUAACUCCUUCAGGGACUACAUUCCCGAGUGAGCGGCCUGGCUCCAGCCUGCCAUGGGGGCGGCUGCUGGGGCUGUGCCGGCUCUCUUCAGGGGAAGGUCAGGAGCGGAGAGGGUGGCACUGGGGUACAAAAAACUGUGGGUUCUUCUUACAAGGGGCUUUGUGCCAGCAGGGAAGGUUUUCUUCAUCCAUCUGAUCCCUUUGUUCCCUCCUCCCCCUCUGGUGUGGCCCUGAUGGCUCCAGUGGUGUUGGGACAGCCCUCGGAGGGAGGCUCAGCUGUGUUUUGGUGGGGCUCAGACCCAGCACAGACACGUCUGGGGGGGCUUCCCCCCUCCCCUGAGCUGGCUGGGUGUGUCUGUACCCCAAAUCCAGCACCCACCGUGCUGGGUGACCGUGAGGGCCUUGCUGGCUCCUGGGGAGCAUCAGCCAUUCCCUGUGAAUGGAGCCUGCUCCCUCAGCGUGGCUGGUGAGUAAAGCUCCUCGGAUCCUCAAACCCUUCCAGCCCAUCCAGGCUGUGCUCAGUAGCAUGGACACAACGGAGCUGAUUCCAGAAGCUGCUUGCAGGUACCCCUCUGUCUGCUCAUCAGCUGCCCUGUUCCCAGAGGGAAAAUCACCAUGGGCUCAGGACUUGUCCUUUUGCACAGGGAUGGGGCAGGAAAGGUGUGGGAAGGAGCCAAGCUCGUGGCUCAUAUUCCCUCCCUCCCUUUGGGUGUUGGGGGCUGGGUGGGUGGUCAGGGUGGCUGUGCUGGGACCCUGUGGUGUGACUCCCCUGUCCCCCCUGUUGUGACCGACCCCACUAUCUGCUGCCGUGUCCUGUGACAAUAAAAGCCGAGUUCCCAACCGCC